AUGAUAUGGCACAUUCACCUUUCCAUAAAGCAAUUAAAGACGUAGAAGAAAAAAGGUCCAGUUUAUUUCCUGACCGUAGAAGAAUUCCAGGAAGAAAAGCCAAAUUAUUAGUAGCAGCGAAGAGAUUAGGAAUUAAAAGGAUAUUAAAGAAAAGUAGCUCCUUUUUUCUAAAGUAUGAAUGAUAUAAGAAUUUGUGCUUUAGAAGAUAGAAGAGAAAUGCUUGAAGAUGAAGCAUUUGCAUACAAAGGAUAAGAUUAUAUCGAUAAUUUAAGAAAUAGAUAUCAUUAAAAGGAUAUUUGGGCACCUUACAAACCCAGAUAUUCAUAUAUGUAUAAUGCUACUCAUAGAAAUGUAAAAGAAUAUAAAAUUAUUAAUUUACAAAGAUAUGAAAAUGGAUACGAAAUAAAAAAUGUUUGA